GAAACAUUAACUAUGGAAUCUUUAACUCUAAAUGUACAAGACAUUGAUGAUCUCAUUGUAAGAUUGAGGACCGAACGACAGUUUUCUAUAUAGUAACUAUGAAAAUAUAAGUAUUUUGUUUAAGAGACAUUCAAAUAUUGAAUCUAUAACACUAAACGUACAAGAUAUCGAAGAUCACAUUGUGAGAUUGUGGACUGAACGACAAUAAUUUAAUAUGAAUGUCCCUUAAGAUAAAAUAAUGCCUUAUGUAUAAAUUUAUUACAGAAUGAAAGUUUAUGUUAUUUUGCUAUUAUUAAUACGAUAUUUAUUUCAGAAUCUCUUUUAAAUUUUAUAUAGAAUUGAAAUGAGUUAAUUAUCAAGAGAGUAAGAACAUAGCUAAGUAGUUAAAGUACCUUUGUACAGUGGGCUUAUGUCGCUCGGUCCUCAAAGAUUAUCAUUGAGGGUGUUGAAGGUCACACAUAAGAUGCAAUGGUUGUGUGAAAUUGUUGAUGCAGAUAAAACAGGCGAUUAUAGUUUUAAUCUUGAAGUUGAUAAUGCUAGAUCAAUCUUAGUGGGUGCUGGAAUAGCUUUCCAGUGUUGUGACACACAUCCAACAUGCGUUGUCCGACAGUUUCUCCGGAUGGAAAAAUUUAACAGACUUCGUAUCAGAAGCUUGUGGCUAGGAUCGUCCUCUUACUAUAGCUCAAGAUUAUAUUUGACUUCAGGAUUUUACUAUCCUAAUAGAAUUAUGUUGAUUAAUACAUCUUCAGAUGGUACUGAUUCUUUUAUAACUGUGCCUAGUGAAAGCACUGGUAGUAAUUUUAAUGGUUCUAAAGGUGAUACUGGUGAAGUUAUUAGUUCUGUUUCACUUACAAUUGGAGGUUAUUAUCCAAAUUCAGUUCCAACUUUUAGUGUAGGUGGUGUUUUGAAGAAAUUGGAAAUGCCUCAAAAUCAUGAUUUUUAUUUUAGCAGCAAUGUUGUUGUUCUGAUUUAUUUUAGUUGUUCAUGUAUAAUUUCUUAUUCGGUGGCCUAAGGAAUAUGAGAUAUUGACCUUAGAUGAGAAAGGGUUAAACUUCGAAGUUGCCUUAGGACUAUUUUAUUCUUCUAAUUUCAAGACAUAUUUGUUGCAAAUUCUCAAUUGAUUCUAUCAUAAACAUUUUUCUAUUCGUAUUAUUUUUGAAUACGCCUUUGCUCUUUACGUAUAUAAAUAUAACACCCAUAUUAACAUUGUUCGUUCGAAUUUCUGAAUAAAUACAUAAUGUCUUUGCUAAUCUGCAUUCAGGAAAAUAAUUUUUAACUUAAUACUUCUGUAUUUUAUUUUUGGACUUGUAAUAAAAUGU